GCUGUAGGCCACGGAGACCCUUCUGCUGCUCCCAACGUCCCCACUUUGCUGCGGGUUUUAAGAGGAAAAGGCGUGUCAAAAAUUGCAUGCGGGGGCCCUCGCUCUCUCGCUCUAUGCAACGCAUCUUCAAAGUCUGCUGCGGGGGCCCCCCCCCCAAACAGUACCCUAUUGGGGGGCCCCCAGAUGGGGGCCCCUGUGCGGGGUGGCCCACAGAGGGUGGGGGGCCCCCAGAGGGGGGCCUCUAAGGAAGGGGGCCCCCUAAGGGGGGCCUCUAAGGAGGGGGGCUCCCUAAAGGGGGCCCCUAAGGAAGGGGGCCCCCUAAGGGGGCCCUCUAAGGAGGGGGGCCUCCAGUGGGGGGCCCCCGAAGGGACUGGCUCAGGUGUCUCUUCAGGGAUACGUAGCAGCAAGAGCGAGAAAUCAGCAAAUGCUGCAGUAGGGUUAGAGACAGAGGGUUUUUAUAAGGGAGACACCUCAACUCAAAGGAGACAGCAGCAAAUGACUCUCCAGGCCAUGGGGCUGCAGCAUGCGGAAGGCGACAGCAGAGAGCUUGAUGCUGCGAUGAGGCGUAUAGAGGCUCUGGAGGCGAAGGUGAAGGCAGCAGAAGAGAGGUCAGCAGACGCUGGGGACCGUCUCUGCACACUGCGGCAGCACUACGAGCAGCACGUAGCGGAGUUGAAGAGACAGCUGGUGCAGCAAGAAGUGCAGUUUCAUGCUGCUCUUGCUGCACGCAGCAGCAGCAGCAGCAGCAGCAACAGCAGCAGCAGCAGUAGCAGUAACAACAGCCAAGCGGCAGCAGCAAUACCCCCUGCAACAGAAGAAGAAGAAGAAGCAGCAGCAGCAGCACUCGCGCAGCACUUCAGCUUAGAGGAGACACUUGCCGAUCCUCUGGGCACCAACUCACCUCCUUUCUUUCUGCUGCGCAGAAGCAACAGCAGCAGCAGCAACAGCAGCAGCAGCAGCACUGGAGGGGUAACAGAGGGGGCCCCCUUCAAUCCCUCUCAAAGGAUACGCGGGGGGCCCCCCAAAGCACCCGCAGCAAACUCCUUUUUGCUGCCACUGUCUGCUGCUGCUGCUGCUGCUGCUGCUGCUGCGGGGCCGGCUCC